GACAAGUGAUCAGGUCCCCGUAUAGGUCCAUUCACGAAGCGAUCACUGCAUAAUUGGUCUUCAAAUCUUGGGCAAGCGCCAAGCAUCGUCAUUACACUCCGAUUUCUCGUUCUGCAUUAAUAGGUCAACUUCAUAAUCCCAUCGAGCACCAACGACAAGAAGAGGCAACGCUUGCCCCACCUCUCGCUCUCGCCACGAUGUCGGACGACGACUUUAUGCAAGAGUCGGAUGAGGAGCAGUAUGACUUCGAGUACGAGGAUGACGACGAUGAGGACUCGGGCGAUGUCGACAUCGAGAACAAAUACUACAAUGCCAAGCAGAUGAAGUCGAGCGAGCCAGAGGAAGCCAUAGACGAGUUCCUCAGCAUACCUGGUCUGGAGCCGGAGAAGGGAGACUGGGGCUUCAAGGGCUUGAAACAAGCGAUAAAGCUGGAAUUCAAGCUCUGCCGAUAUGACAAGGCCGUCGAACACUAUACAGAACUCCUCACCUAUGUCAAGUCAGCAGUAACCCGCAACUACUCCGAAAAGUCGAUCAACAACAUGCUCGACUUUAUCGAGAAGGAGUCCGAGAACGAGGAGGCUCAGAAGUGUCUGGAGCAAUUCUACUCUUUGACAUUGAACUGCUUUCAGAGCACGAACAACGAGAGACUAUGGCUCAAGACGAACAUAAAGCUCGCAAAGCUCAUGUUGGACCGGAAGGACUAUGCGCCAGUCACAAAGAAGUUGCGUGAGCUGCAGAAAGCCUGCCAGCGGGAAGAUGGCACAGACGACCCCAGCAAGGGCACAUACUCGCUCGAGAUCUACGCGCUUGAGAUCCAGAUGUAUGCGGAGACACGGAACAACAAACAGCUCAAAGUUCUGUACCAACGAGCGCUUAAGGUCCGGUCUGCGGUGCCUCAUCCCAAGAUUAUGGGAAUCAUCAGGGAGUGCGGUGGCAAGAUGCACAUGAGCGAGGAGAACUGGAAGGAUGCUCAGAGUGACUUCUUCGAAUCCUUUCGCAACUACGACGAGGCCGGCUCAUUGCAGAGAAUCCAGGUUCUGAAGUACCUUCUUCUCACCACCAUGCUCAUGAAGUCUGACAUCAACCCGUUUGACUCUCAAGAGACGAAGCCAUACCGCAAUGACCCUCGCAUCGCGGCCAUGACAGAGCUGGUCGAUGCCUAUCAGCGUGACGACAUGCACAAGUACGCGUCAGUACUGAGCAAGAACCAGGACAUUCUGGCAGACCCCUUUAUUGCGGAGAACAUUGACGAAGUCACUCGCAACAUGCGGACGAAGGCUGUCGUCAAGCUUAUCGCACCAUACACCAGGAUGCAGCUGGCAUGGAUUGCGCGGCAGCUCAACAUCACCGAUGCCGAGGUGCAAGAUAUCCUCGGCUAUCUGAUCGUCGAUGGCAAGAUCAGAGGCAAGAUCGACCAGCAGGCCGGAACACUUGAGAUUGAGUCUGACGGCGACGCUGAAAGAGUGCAGGCUCUCGAAUCUUGGUCGAACGCACUAGCUGGCCUGUACGCCACCAUCUUCAAAGAGGCCGAGGGCUUCAAGGUGACGGAGCAGCAUGCACAGCUCGACGAGGCGACGAUGCUGCCCAUGUUCUCUGGAGAUAUGCCUGGACGGCCCCGACAAGCGAGGGGGAAGAAGAAGGGCUUCUUCGCAGCAUGAUCAUACACCGGGGACUAACAAAAGACAUGGCAUGCGGAGCCCAAGUCUCACUCGUGGCGUCCAACAAACUGGCAACUUCAUUAUUGCACGUCAAAAUACCACAGCGCUAGGCAUGAGAUUUGGUGGAAAUUCCACAUAGAACCUUACAUAAUCAGAGAUCCAGACAAGCACAGCGGUGAAUUAAAUAAAAAGAUUCAAUCUGCGUGCCAUUUGUCAGUUGUGUAUUUGUUGUAUUAGAG